CAAUCAAAUUUUCGCGCUUUUGAUCGACCAAUCAGAGCGAGACACCUAACAAGGUGGGUAUAAAGUUAUUUAUCAGCCAGUGCUUUCCUCACCCCUAAACUGUUUCCAUCUCUUUGUACAGGCUUCACAAUGGCUGUUAGAGGUGCCUACCUUAUAGUGGCGGCAUCGCUAGUCAUGAUGCUUCAAUGCUGUAACCAUGUCUGUGUCUGUGAAGAAAAUGGCAUUUCUGAAGACUUUGAGGACGACGAUCUCUCUCUGGAGGUUGAGGACGAAGAGGAAGCAACGCUCAGCGUCUUUGAGCCAACUCGCGAAUGGAAAACGGUGGAGGAAGGUCAGGCAAUCCCCGCGGGGCUCCACGUCCGAAUGAACAUGGAGACCGGUAAAAACGAGGCGAAACUUAUGGACGACGUCGCCACAGAUAGGGAGAGCGAGAAAACGACCGAUAAGGGUGGGGGGUCUGAAACAAGAACACCACAGCCUAAAACACCUCCUCCAGCAAACCAGAAGAGAGGUGACACUGGGCCUUCUCCAGGGUUCUUCUUCCAGGGAGACCAGCGAAGGGCACACUACUACGGCCACAGCGACAGGAGAGGGAUCAUAAACCUUCGCCGACGGAUGUUGACUCACAGAGACGUGGCCGCAGCACUCAGGAAGAUUGACGAGAACAAUGCCCAAAUCCCCAAGAGGCCCCCUGGGAUGAUUACUCAUUCCCGGCCGGCUUCUGGUGGCUCCUCCUCUCCGUCGCAGAAUGUAGUGACUGCAGGGGUCCAACAGGAGGGAGGUGGUGGAAGGAUGGAGAGGCCGAUGCACCGAGAGCUGUCAGAGAUGCUGCAACACACAAAGACGCUCGCCAGGAAGUCGGUGACCGUCCCGGAGCUGCUGCAGGCCCUGGAGGAGCUCGAGUACCACGUCCACCACAUUGAGAAUGCCAAGGAGCUGAACUCCAUCGGAGGGCUGGUGGUGGUGGUGAGACUCCUCAACCACACACACCCCGACGUCAGGAGCAGUGCUGCCCAUGUCAUCGGUGCCGCAACACAGAGGUACUUACUACUAUUUGUGUAGCCAUCUUCCCAAUGCCUGGCGUACAUCUGAUGGGAAAUGGCUACAGGACAGUGUUGGGUUUAUUUUGCCAAACGACAGCAUGGUUUACUGGCCCUGUUACCUGUAUCUGCAGCAACCCCCACGUUCAGAGUGAGGUGUUGGACUACGGAGGUCUCCAGCUACUGUGUGGGUUUAUCGGGUCAGGAGAGCCGGAGCUGGUCCAGAGACGAGGCCUGUUUGCUCUGAGUGCCCUCCUGAGAGGCAACACGCAGCCCCAGCUGGCAUUUGUCCAGGAGUGCCGCGGCCUCAUGCAGCUGGGACUGGACUUUCAGCAACGGACCAUGCCCACCCAGUUGAAGAUUGUUACUCUGCUCACUGACCUACUACAUGAACAGGAUCAGCUGAUACACAACUCUGAAGAACUGAAGAGUCUACUGCACCGCAGUGUCCAGGAGCAUGGCUGGUGCCAGCACGUACCAUCGCUACUCCACAGUGAAACGCUCUCACCCACCGAGAAGGCCUUACAGGCAAUGAGUGUUCUCCAACAUCUCUGUGACUUCACCGGUCACCUGCCGAGACUCCAAGAGCUGCAGCAACAGUUCCAAGCGGCAGUGAAACAAGAAGAAGACGAAUUUUCACAGACGUUACUAAACCACUCUCAGGAACUGCUGAGAAACAUUAGGAACAGAAACAAGGAGUUAUAGCGUUUUAGAGUCACCAAUCAUGCUAUUUCCAAUCAUGCUAUUUCAUCACGUGUUGACCCUGCCACAUGACUUUGAUGAUUUCCUUAAAAAAAUCAUUACCUGCAGAUGUAAAAACUCCAGUUGUACAGUAUUAUACUGCAGCAUUCAAAGGAUGUGGUGACAGAACGGGAGAGAAAGAGGAGAGAGCAGGCGAGGGAGGUAUCAAGAGGUCGAGCCCAACUCAUUGAGAAGAGUUAACUGCUGGACACUAGAGAGUCCUACGGUCUCUCUUACUGAGUUAGUCACCGACCGCAG